ACCUUUAUAAACUUUUACUCAAAACUCUAUAAGAAAAAAACAUGCACUUUUACUAUUUUAUUUUUCAUGAACUUUUACUAUUCAAUUUUUCAUGAACUAUACUGCAAACUUAUCCUUAAUUUUCAAAAAUAUUUUAUAAAAAUAAUUACUUUUUUAAAAUUUUUUAGAAACGGUGGUUUUUCAGGAGUAAUCAGAGUAAUUGAUGGAACACAUGCCAUUUUUCCACCCGAAGCUGAGAGAGAAUAUCUGUUUAUUAAUAGAAAGUUAUACCAUUUGUUAAAUGUGUUAGUUGUAAGUAUAUAAGUAUUGAUAUAAAAAUAUAGAAGUAUAGAGGAUGUUAAAAAAACAUUCAGCAUUUACAUUUAUGAUUAAUGUAUCAACGUAUGCAACAUAAAAAGAAAAUAAUUUUUUUAUAUACAAUAAUAAUUUUAUACACAAUAAUAGUAAAUUACAAAAUAGUAAAUAUAAUUUUAGAUUUGUGAUUUCAAAUGUGAAAUUCUUGCCGUAAGUAGUGCCCACGGUAGCCGAACACACGACGCCCUUGUGUUACGAUCAUCGAGAAUAUUUGCUUAUUUACAAAGGAGGCACGGAGAAGGUGAAACAAAUUCCUGACUUCUAGGUAAAUAAGUGGAUCAUGCAAUGAAAAGAAUAAUACAUAAACAGAAUUGUAUGCAUACCUUACUGAACUUUUUUUAACGGUAUUAAUAACGUUCUUUAAUUUUGAAACAAAUAAUUUUAAAAAGCAUUGUAUGCACAUUCUAAGUGAUUCUGCAUACCCUCUUCUACAUUUCUUGCUAACGCCAAAGUUAAAUGAAGUAGAAAGAACUCCAGAUGCAAGAUCUACAGAUCAUCAUGUUCGGACUCACGCAGCUAUAGAGCGCUGUUUUGGUAUCUUAAAAAGUCGUUGGCGUUGCUUGCGGAAAGAACGAGCUUUGCAUUAUAGUCCACAAUUCGCUGCUCUCAAUGCAUGUUGCGUUCUGCACAAUAUGACAAUUAGAUGGAGAAUUCCUAAUAAGGAGAUACAUUUAAAUGAACUAGACCUUAUACCACCAAUAGUAUAUAAUGAUAUUAAUGAAGAACAUGGCGAACAAAUCCGAAAUAAAGUAAUCCAGUGGUAUUUUACCCAUUAAUAAAACUUUUUAAGAUUAUAAUUAAGUGUAAUUACGUGUUUUUAAAUCUUUUUUAAUAAACU